GGAGCGCUAGCUGUGGAGGAGAAAGACGACGCAGCGAGCUGAACGUACAAUGGCGACGGCGGCGAGCACCGCGGGCGGGACGGGCUCCGGCGGACCGGCGAGCGGUCCGGCCGGCGGCGGAGCCGCAGUGGUGGGGCGGAAGAAAGACGGAGGACCUUCCACGAAAUUCUGGGAAAGUUCCGAGACGAUAUCGCAGCUGGAGACGGUGCGGCUGUGGAUCGGGAAGCACUACAAGAAGCAUGUUCAGAACGACUCCCCAUCCAGUAAAUCAUUGGCAGGCCUGGUGGUCCAGCUGCUCCAGUUCCAGGAGGAUGCAUUUGGACGCAGAGUCAACAAUCCCGCUCUCACCAAGUUGCCUUCCAAGUGUUUCCUGGAUUUCAAGGCUGGAGGGGGUCUCUGUCAUAUUUUGGGCUCGGUUUACAAGUUUAAGAGCGAGCAGGGCUGGCGAAGAUUUGAUCUGCAGAAUCCCUCCCGGAUGGACAGGAAUGUGGAAAUGUUCUUAAAUGUGGAGAAAAAUCUGUUCCAGAAUAACUCUUUGACACGACCCAUUGUCUUCCUGUCAACUGACAUUGAGCAGAAACAGGCCAGUAAGCUCAAAGACAUCAUCAAAAGGCACCAGGGCUCCCUUACUGAGGACAAGUCAAAGGCCACCCACCACGUUUACCCCUCUCCUUCCCCGCAAGAAGAAGAGGAGUGGUUGCGGCCUGUGAUGAGGAAAGACAAGCAGGUUCUUGUUCACUGGGGCUUUUAUCCGGACAGCUAUGACACCUGGGUAUCAGGCAGUGAGGUGGAUGGAGAUGUGGAGGACCCACCCACUAAUGACAGACCCUGGAAGGUUCACGCCAAGUGGGUUUUAGACACCGAUGCCUUUAAUGAGUGGAUGAAUGAGGAGGACUAUGAAGUAGACGAGAACAAGAAGCCCGUCAACUUCCGACAGAGGAUCUUCCCCAAGGAGGAAGAGUCUUCCCGUACACCCGAUCGCAAGGAGCGCAAGGCCAACUCUGCCGGUAAGAAGAGGAGACGCUCCCCCUCACCACCCAGCACCCCCGUCGAAUCUCGAAAGAAGGGAGGAAAGAAGGGAAACCCAGGACUUCACUGGAAGCGACGGGGCCACAGAGGAGAGGAGGAGGACACGGAGGAGGACAUGACAAAAGACCUGGAUGACUCCUCUGCUGGUGCCAGCAUGGAGGAGGGCAGCAUGUCUAAGAAUGCGAAUUCAAAGAAAGACUGUGACAAUACUCCGGUCAAAGGAGGAAAUGUAGGAGACCUGGAUGACAUGGAAGAUGACUCUGUGCUUUCUGGUGGAAAGGAUGACGAGGAACAAAGCAAAGGAGAAAUCAACCGACUGCUGGACGCCAGUGAAGACAACGUGACGGAGCAGACGCACCACAUCAUCAUCCCCAGCUACGCUGCCUGGUUUGACUACAACUGCAUCCAUGAGAUCGAGAGAAGAGCUCUGCCCGAGUUCUUCAAUGGGAAAAACAAGUCUAAAACUCCAGAAAUAUACCUGGCCUACCGUAACUUCAUGAUUGACACGUAUCGGCUAAACCCUCAGGAGUACCUCACCUCCACUUCCUGCCGCAGAAACCUGACUGGGGACGUCUGUGCCAUCAUGAGGGUUCAUGCAUUCUUGGAGCAGUGGGGUUUGGUAAACUACCAGGUUGAUGCUGACAGUCGCCCGCUGCCUAUGGGCCCCCCACCCACGCCCCACUUCACCGUGCUGGCCGACACGCCCUCCGGCCUCAUGCCCCUGAACCACCGACCACCGCCGAUCCCUCCUCAACAACCAAUGACCAACUUUGGAGAUAAAGGCAAAGAAAAAGCCAUGGACCUGCAGAACUUUGGCCUCCGUUCGGACCUCUACAAGAAAAACACUAAGCAGGGUAAACCAGUCAACACCACCAGGGACUGGACCGAGCAGGAGACUCUACUGCUGUUGGAGGCCCUGGAGAUGUUCAAAGACGACUGGAACAAAGUGUCGGAGCACGUCGGUUCACGCACCCAAGAUGAGUGCAUCCUGCAUUUCCUGCGGCUGCCCAUAGAAGAUCCGUACCUGGAGAACACGGAGUCCUCCCUGGGCCCGUUGGCCUACCAGCCCAUCCCCUUCAGCCAGUCUGGAAACCCCGUCAUGAGCACAGUGGCCUUCCUGGCCUCCGUAGUCGACCCCAGAGUCGCAUCUGCUGCUGCGAGGGCGGCAUUAGAGGAGUUCUCUCGUGUGCGUGAGGAGGUCCCAUCCGAGCUGGUUGAAGCUCAUGUGAAGAAGGUGCAGGAGGCGGCGAGGAACACCGGCAAAGUGGACCCUAGCUUUGGUUUGGAGAGCAGCGGCAUCGCUGGAACGGCUCCCGAGGAGCCCGAAAAGACUGAAACCCCAGAACCAGAAAAGAUCGACACGGACACAGACUCUCAUCAAGCAGAUAAGGCUGAGUUGAAGGACGAGGCAGAGAAGCCCAGCGAGUCUGCAGAGAAGAGCAACAAAACGGAGACAACAGACAAGGUGAAGAAAGAGGGAGCGGAGCCAUCGGAACGGGAAGAGGAGAGCGAAGAGGCAGGGGAGGCGAAGACGCCUUCAGGAGGUAACACGGAAGAAAAAGACAAGGAGAAGGAGGAAGCCAUGGAGACGUCGUCUUCAGAGCCGGAGAAGGACAAGGAGGAGAAAACGUUAUCGGAGGACGGAGACGACAAGAAGAAGAAGCUGGAGCACGACAUCGGGGAAGGAAACAUCGCUACAGCGGCUGCUGCUGCCCUGGCGUCUGCUGCCACCAAGGCCAAGCACUUGGCAGCAGUCGAGGAAAGGAAGAUCAAGUCCCUGGUUGCCCUGCUGGUGGAAACCCAGAUGAAGAAACUGGAGAUCAAGCUGAGGCACUUUGAGGAGCUGGAGACCAUCAUGGAUCGUGAGAAAGAAGCCUUGGAGCUUCAGAGGCAGCAGCUCCUCACCGAGCGACAGGCGUUCCACAUGGAGCAGCUCAAAUACGCUGAGAUGAAGGCGAGGCAGCAGAUGGAGCAGCAGGCGGCUGCCGCCGCGGCCGCCGCUGCUGCAGCUGCUGCUCAAGGGCAGGGGCAGACCCCUGGAUCCGGACCCCACCCCGGGCCCCCUGCACCAGCCAUGCAUCCAGGAGGAAACCUACCACACCACGUAGGCCCCACUCCCCACCAUGGACCGCCCCUGCCCCAUCACGGGCCGCCUGCAGGCGCUGCAAUGCAUGCUGGGUAUCCUCCAAUGGGCCACCACCCCUUGGCCCCGCAUCACCCUGGACCGACAGGACCAAUGGGACCAAGUCAGCCCGUCCCGGGGCGUAUGCUGACCGGCCCGCCCUCUGCCGGUCCCCCGCCUGGUGGCAUUCCUCCCAUGAUGCCCCCGCGCCACCCUGGAGCCCCCAACGGCAUGUACCCUAACCCUCCACCUGCGCAGGCUGAGGCGGUUCCUCCGGUCCCCGUGGGUCCUCCGGCGCCUCAGAGCGGACGAGUGGCCGACAACUAACUCAGACACACAAAAGCACAUGCGCGUAAAAUUGUCUCCAAACAUCAGCCCCUUUUUAUGAUGACCUUUGCUACUGGCUUAAUAUUUUCCCUCAAAAUUCAACACCCUUUACUUUAAAUCAGGACACACACACACACACACACUCUGUCACACACACUCAACACUCGGGGUUCAUGGGCAAAGGUAACCCAACGUUACAAACACACAUGCAGACUUCCUCUCAGGGCACAGCAACAAGGUUCGUCUAGUUAUAAACACUGUUCUCUCUCUAGCUGAAGAGAAAUGACCCUGUGUACAGAAAACCAAACAAGGAGACAAAAGAUUUAGAAAAAAAGAAAAAAAAAGUCUUCUGUCUUGCUUUCUUUUUCGCUCCAGUGGUGUUUUGAAUGACACUGUAAUCUCUCCCCAUCUCCCCCCCAAAAAAACACGUCCUUUUUGGCUGGUCUCUCUUUUUUUCCAAAACCAACACUAGAGGGAGCUAGUGAUACCCGAGGGGGGGGCCAGUCAGACGACACGGGUUUGUGUUUCCGGGGCAACCUGACCUGUAAAAAACACAAGCUAAUAAGAUUGUUCUGAAAGUAAAACAACAUUUAUAAAAACUCACGGAGGACCUAGCCUGCCCUCACCCUUGUCGAGUAUCUACCUCUCGCUCAUCUUUUAAUGAUACACUGUAGUUCUGUGUGUGUCUGUGAGUGUGUGCUAGAAAGAGGGAUGUCUGGUAGCUUUCUGUGCCUUUUUUCUAUACUAGUGUAGUUUUCAUUUCAACUCCUGCACUGGCUUAGUUCAAAAUGCUGAAAAAAGAACAAACAAAAAAUAAAUACAAGACAAAAAGCAUGCAUGGACAGACGUCAUAAAAACUGCUGUUGUAGUUCGGAUAAACGAGUACCGGUAGUUUUAUAACAUUGGGACAAGUGAAUUCAAGCAAAUGUAGCUGCAUACAGUGUCAUUUAAUCAUCUGUAUUACGCAGUAAGGAAGCACCGUGUGAAACAAUUUUAUACUGCUAUUCAUGGUACAUACUGGUAAUAAAAUGCUCAUUUUUUCUUUUUUUCAAUAACACAUUUUGCCUAGUUUUUGACUCUAUUUUUUUGAUAGAAUUCAAAAAAAGCAAUGCAGGGUUUUUUUGUCUAAAAAAAAUCCAAACUUGCGGUCAAGAAAGUUGAUGGGUUCUAACCUCCACACAAAUAUAAAGCUUUAAAAUGGCUCACAAACAUGAUUUUGUUUGUGCAAAAGUUACUCAAAUCGCAGUGUGUUAGCUCGGGACUUAUAUUUUCAGAUGCGGAUUAAUACUAAUCGGCAAAUCAGAACCUCGGUUUAGACGGUCACUGAUGGAUUUCAGUGUUUUGAAUAACAGUGAAGCAUUAAUGCAAAAUGUUACAGAUCUGAUUUGGCUUGAGACGCCGUCAGAGGAAGCACAGAUGGCAAACAUUCCUCCUUCUGCCACAGCACUAACGCACACAGAAAUGUAAGUUAAGCUGAGACGAACACUGGAGGCUGCAUGCACACACGGACUUGGCCCGACCCUGCCACAAAGCACUGAACCCACACACACGAUCUGCUGACCUUCACACAGCCUUCACACACGGGGGGAGACGCCGUGAUGCGGCCGACGCUCGUCCUCAGCUCGGUGGGCUUCUCAACGUUUUAGGUGCUGUUACUGUAGCGAUGAAACCCCGCGUCUUUUCUCUGCUCACCUCCCUUACGCCUAGUGAUGCCUACCUCGCUACCUCCCUAUCUUCACUCUUUUUGCUUUUUAGUCACUGUAAAACUCAGCAAUAUCCUCAUUUCUACACAGAAGUUGAAUUUGCAGAUCCUGUGUCAUCUGGUGUUGCAAAGGUAACAAGGGGCGCAAACACAAUAAUCAAUCAAUCAGGAACCUUCUUUUUUUUUGAUAAAUGGAACAAGGCAAAGCUAUUUUUCACAUAUAAAACGGUCCUUGCAGGUUUUAUUUUGUUCCUAUGAUGUUUGGAUUGUCUUUGAGUUUGUUCCUGUUUGUGGUCUGUGCAUUUCCAUGAUGAAUUCAUUUUGUAAAACAUCAGAAAAUGUGGUUUAUUGCUGGUCACGAGUUAAGAUGUUAUUUAGAUAAAAAGAUUGAAAGUUCUUUUGUGAUCCCUGAAAAAGACAUUAUACAUUUAUAACUGUUUUCUGGUUUAAAGCUGGUGCUGUUCAUUUCUCAAUUUCUCUUUGUGAGCAAUUUCUAUCUCAGUUGUCCCACCCUCAACGGUUGCCAAAGCAACUAUUUGGCCGAUAUUAACGAUUAAUACUAGUUUUUCACAUCUUUUCACUCAAGAAUGGCACCUAAAAUAAUUUGAAAUUGGCUGAUUAGUUCAAACUGUUAUGCAACAACUAGUAAAUUUAUGUUCAACAUGCAAGUUGGCGUCAUAAAUGUAGCCUUUUCACACAAGUUCCCGGUAAACUCAUCCGGUAAACUGCUCCUCCUCCUCCAGCACUGUUGGCUACCUCUUCCUCCUUCAUCUGCUAGCUACCUCUCUUAGAAAUCUUCCUCUUGCUGCCUGCUACCUCUCUGCACACCCUUUGCUACCUCCUGUUUGCUUUUCCUUUCCUUUAAUUUCCUUUCUCGUGUCCCCAUCCCGCCCGCGUGACUGCUGCAUCACUCCCUGCUGCCCUCUGGUCCCAGUCUGCAGGAAGAAGAAGAAAACACACAGACACACUUAACAGCCGUUCACUUGCGCUUUCUCGUCACCGUGUCCUCCUCUCAUAAGUAACAUCUUACCAGGCUUGUGUAUUUUCACUUAAAUAUGACAGGAUUCCUCCUUACAUAUAUUAUCUUAAUGGAUUUUUUUUUGUGUGUUAAUGGUAAUGUAUUUUUAAUGACAGGUUUUGUGUAGAUGGAGUUUUCCCUGUUCUUUGUAGCAUUUGUUUUCUUUUAUUUUAUAUGGGGUCUGUUGGUACUUGGACCUAGACACUGUCGAAUAAACUGUUUUCUAUUA